CCACAAUCACUGAAGAUUUGAUGACGGCUUGCGCAUAGCUCCUGGACACGCUUCGUCGCCGUGUCCCUACAGCAAGAUGCCAUCAGAGCCCAACCUUCGCACGCGACACCGCCAGGUCUUCGUCACAGUCGCAGCCCAAUAUUCGACAGCCAUACUGCAAUGUCGACCUGCGGUGAUCGGACUAUCUAAGUGUACGUCGCACGUGUGAUUAGCUCGUUGUGACGUCAGCUGCCCAGGCGCCAGAGAAAAGGCUACAGUACAAACAAACAGAGUUCUGCGGGCUGCAGCUUUGCAGCUGCAACAUCAACAUUCACGAUGGGACGCCGACAGCGCCUGAUCAGCACUUCCAUCUUGCGCGCCAUAUUCGUAACUAAGCCUGUCAGCCACGAUGAGACAGCGAAUGAGGGUCUUCUCGCGCGCAUCCUUGCAUUCUUCUCCAUCUUCCAGCUCACACUAGCGCGCUAUCGAGACCAAGUUUUCAAGAAGCUGAGAAAUGAGUCGUGGCAGAUCGAGGAGGAAGAGUACACGGAGAGCUUUAGAAGCGAGAGUACAUACAAGCGUACAGACUUGAAGUCGGUUGGCGACCUGGGGUACUCUGGAUCAACCUUCUUCACAACGCCAAAUACUAAACUGCUAGUCAAAUCACUGCCGCGUCAGUUCGAACAGUCCUUCUUUCGCAAACAACUCCUCGACCCGUAUGUUGAGCACAUGCAGGCCAACAAAGACUCGCUGCUCGUCCGCAUAACCGAUCUGCUGUACUGCCCAACACCGACGGUUGGCUCCUGGCUCGGCACUGCUCCCAGCCACCAUAUUGUUAUGGAGAACAUACUGUAUGGAAAGUCAAGCUGCAACAAGAGCCAGCAGGAACAGUGGGAGACUUAUGACCUGAAACCCAACGACUUCUUCUUUCCCGAGCGCGACAUCGCCGGCGGUCGAUUGGCACCGGAGAGUGUCAAAGACCGACUCAUCGAUGAAUUUCCAGACAAGAUCAGAGUCACUAUCGACCAAAAGGAGGAGCUCGUUGCGCAGCUCACAAGAGACAGCAAGCUUCUGCAAGAGAACAACGCAGUAGACUACUCGCUCUUCUUGAUCCGCUUUCCUGCAGACUUGAACUCUGGCACGCACAAGGUCCCAACACCUCCGGGGCGUGGCUCUGCGUGGCGUACCGGUGUUGUCUCGCGAGACGGCAAGUGGAUAUACCGAGCCAUCAUCCUGGACUUCUUCUGGUCAAAAGACGCUUUACAAGCACAUGCUUUUACCGGCCUGGUCAAGCUAUACAAUGCGCUCAAGUUCGGCAAAGACCAUGGCCCAAUGAGCAUCACUGCGAACAGUGACGAAUACAGACAGAGGUUCCUCGGAAUGGUGGAAGACAUGGUCGAAGUCCCGGACAGCUCUGGACGACCAUCGGGUCAGAUUAGGACUCCACCUAGCAUCCUUCAGGACGUUUGAGGGGAUGACGCGGCGAGGAAGGAAGCACUGUUUGCCCCGAAAAAGCAGGCAUUGGCGUUACAUGGCGUUGGAGCAGGAAGAUACCCAAAUGACCACUAGAUUGUUUAAUGUAAAUGAGCGGUGAUUUUGUUGCACAUGUACCCUCCUGAUCAUCAUGGACAUCACGUACCCGGGCGCAUUUCACAGGCAGAGACAUGGCGCA